GCGACGUUGCGGAAGAAGCACGCCUCUAGAUCCAAAAAUGGAGCGGAGGCCAAGUGAGUCAAGAGAAGAAAAUGAUGUCGGCUGACCACAGGAGCUAGAGCUCGACGGACCAAGUAACACAUAGGAAAGGAGGCCGUUACCGAGGGAGGCGGUCAUGGCGCAGAGAAGGGGUGCGUGCACAUGGAAGAGGCACAUCUGCGAGCAACUGAAGCUUCGAGACAGAGUGCAGCGACACGGCUUUGAGGAGAUUGUUCACCAGUAUAACCGCCUGCUGGAAAAAUCGGACCUGCAGGCUGUUCUUUCAGAGCGUUAUCAAGUUGACAAGUAUGAAGCCACGCGAGGACAUGAAGCCACUGGGGUGACGGACACCAGCCGCAGUGAUGCGCUCCAGCAGGAGAUGGCAGAGAUGAGAAUACGGCACCAGGAGGAGCUGACGGAACUGCACAAAAAGCGAGGAGAGCUGGCCCAGACAGUGAUUGAGCUCAAUAACCAGAUCCAACAGAAAGACAAAGAGAUCCAGAACAACGAGGCCAAGAUGCUGGAGUACCAGCAGCAGAUCACCAACCUUGAAGGAGACUGUCGAGAUCUUAAGAACUGCCUGCAGGAUCUGGAGCGAGCCAAUCAGACUCUGAAGGACGAGUAUGACGCGCUGCAGAUCACCUUCAGCGCCUUGGAGGAGAAGCUGAGGAAAACCACGGAGGACAACCAAGAGCUGGUCUCUCGCUGGAUGGCUGAGAAGGCCCAAGAGGCAAACCGCCUUAAUGCCGAAAACGAAAAGGACAGCAGACGCAGACAGGCCAAACUGCAGAAGGAGCUGGCUGAUGCAGCCAAAGAGCCGCUACCAAUUGACCCGGACGAUGACAUUGAAGUUCUGGCAGAAGAUUCUGGGAAGGGAGGGGGCGAGCCGUCACACAACCGGCCGCUUGGCAAAACUCCCAGUAAGAAAAUCUCCCAGCCUCCCCCCGGUGGUCUGCUUGACUCCAUCUCCAACAUCUUUGGCAGACGGCGAAGUGCAAACUCCUUCAGUACUUCUCCAGAAAACACAGAGGCACCACUGGGGGCCUGUGCAGACGUCAGAGUCCCGUCCACUGCCCUGCAUGUUUUUGAAGCGCAUGACGGUGAGGUGAACGCCGUGAAGUUCAGCCCUGGCUCACGUGUCCUAGCAACAGGAGGGAUGGACCGCAGGGUCAAGCUGUGGGAGGUGAUCUCAGGUCGCUGUGAGCCGAAAGGAGCUUUGACUGGCAGCAACGCUGGAAUCACCAGUAUUGAAUUCGACAGUGCUGGCUCGUACCUGUUAGCCGCCUCCAAUGACUUUGCCAGCCGCAUCUGGACUUUGGAUGACUACAGAUUGAGGCACACCCUAACUGGACACAGCGGGAAGGUUCUGUCCGCCCGUUUCCUGUUGGACAACGCUCGCAUCGUCUCUGGAAGUUACGACAGAACACUCAAACUGUGGGACCUCCGCAGCAAAGUCUGCAUGAAGACGGUCUUCACCGGGUCCAGCUGUAACGACAUCGUGUGCACGGAGCAGUGCGUCAUGAGCGGACACUUUGACAAGAAAGUUCGCUUCUGGGACAUCAGAGCAGAAAGCAUUGUGCGGGAGCUAGAGCUUCUGGGCCGAGUGACGUCUUUGGACCUGAACCACGACCGCACGGACCUGCUGACGUGCUCCAGGGACGACGUGGUGAAGAUUGUAGACCUGCGCACGAAUGCCGUGAGACAGACGUUCAGUGCUCAGGGAUUCAAGUGCGGUGCAGACUGGACUCGAGUAACCUUCAGUCCUGAUGGAAACUUUGUGGCUGGAGGAUCGGCAGAUGGAGCGCUGUACAUCUGGAAUGUUCUCACAGGGAAGGUGGACAGAACCCUGGACCGAAACCACAACCAUCAACUCUGUGUCGUGGUCGCCAUCGGGUGUGUACGUGAGCAGCGUGGAGAAGGGCAGCAAGGCCAUCUUGUGGUCCGACAUGUGAUCAACAGAAGGACCCCACGCUCAAGGCUGCGGUGUGCUCCAAGUGGACCAAAACCCUGCAGCUUCCUCCGCCUUCACGUCAGCGCCGUGCACCGAAGCCAAGCAGAUGGUUUAUUUUUAACAUUGCAGUCGGCUAACUGGGACGGAGCAGCGAGCUGAACUGACUCGCUGAUGUCAGCAGUCGGCCUGCUGAGUCGGAACGAUGCAGUCUUAUCGGCUCAGUGUGCCGGAGACGCUCUCGUCGGCUAGCAUAUGCCUGCCGACCUACAUGUACAUAUGGACCCGCAGUCGUCAUGAAAGACACUAUUUAGGUGGAAGACUGUGAAUGUGUGAAAUCUAAAUAUGUUGACUUUGUACACAACGUGAAUAAACAUGUCAAGAAGCCA